UCACUGCAUUGUUCGAGAGGGUAUCCAACGUCAUUGGACCACAUAACUCAAUACAAAGUAUCAUCACCUCUUCUUCUGAGCUCUCACCGGCCGAGAAGUCAGCGGCAUUAAUGCACUAUCCUAAAUCCCUUGCCAGGCAGUUUCGACUAUUUAUGACAGUUGGACAGCGGUUUGGACAGCAAGCACCUCUACGUGUGCAGUUUUACAAGGGGGUAUUGGUCAGAGCGGAGGAGCUAUAUUCAAGUAAUUGGCCGAUGACUCCUUCAAAACAGAAAACACUGCCCGGGACAUUCAUGACAAAAACAAAUGCCACGGUUGAACUUGCUACUGUCGUCCGACAAGUACUAGGGAGGAUCGACCCUCGUUUCGGGCUCAGAGCGCAGCAUACUCCCAUAUUGAGUUUGGCAUUUGAUGAAGCCCACACCUUGGCGCCUUUAAAUACUGGUAGAGGGUGGUCCGCAUUCACAUCGAUGAGACGUGCUUUGCGGAGUUUACGGUCGUUCCCUAUCUGGACCCUCUUCUUAUCCACAACAGGGGAGUCUGACCGAUUCUCCCCACCACCUUCCCUUGACCCAUCAAGCCGCAUUCUCCAAGGUGAACUUGCCAGUGUCAAACCAUUCAGCGCACUAGGUUUCGAUCACAUGGUGAUGAAGUUUUGUGAGGGCAUGACUCUGGAUGAUGUCACUAAGUUACCGUUCAGGUUAUCAUUAGGUCGUCCCUUAUGGCUAACACGCUACCAAGAGGGUGGAGAAUGCGUCAAAGACACAAUCACCGUAUUUGCUAUCCAGAAACUUCUCUGCCAUGCGUGGAAAAACGACGCCUUGACCCUCGAUGAAAAGUUUGCCGUGAUGUCUCAUCGUCUUGUGCUGGACUUCAAUACGAGCAUUUACUUUGGUCGGCACCGAACGUUGGCAGUAAGGAACCAGAUGAACCAAGUCGAGAGGCACAUGCAUGUAUGCUUGGGUGUCAAGGAUGGAUUUGAGUCUGUCGUCACAGUUGCAGCCUCGGAGCCGAUCCUCACCGAGGCCACGGCUAUCAUCUUGUGCACCAUCCGGGAUAAGGACCGGUCCUGUCAGAUGUUACAAGACAUUCUGGAGUGGCCUGGAAUGAGUAAGGGAGAUCGGGGAGAACUCAUUACGUGCAACAUUAUUAUCGACACUGUAGAUGACCUUAUGUCCAAGGAAGGGAGAUGGGAGCCAGGGGGGGUCAUGGUGACCUCGUUGUUCGAAGCGCUCUUUACCCACGACAUCUAUCACAAGUCGAUCAAGGAUUCAUUGCCCUCAAGGCUGCUGACAGGCAGUUGUAACGACUCAUUUGCUGAGACAUUCAAGAGCUCACGCAUCUAUGUUACGCAUUUCAUCAAGGUUUAUGAUUUCAAGGUACUCUCUGUCCAAUAUCUCUUUAAGCUUGCUGCUCGGGGUGUCGGAGUCAUCUGUGCAGAUAAUCAACAUGGCAUUGAUGUGUCGAAGAAUGAUCACUCUUAUGGGACCAGCCCAAAGCAACAUUUAUUUGACGUGAUGGACCCAUCCGAGCUUGGAAUUUUUGCCAAGUCGACAAGACCACCCCCAGUGAUUCGAAUGGUGAAUGCACUAGCAUCAAAGGAAUCCAAAGUCUCUGUUAUAAUACCACCUGAAAGGGUGCAGCCAUCAAGGCAAGAGAAACAGGUCCGCACGAGUGCCUUCACCUCAUUUGAUAUCUGGUGUGCCGGGGCUUCUUCAAGGACUUUUCGCACCAUUGGGUCCCAGGAUGAUGGAACAUAUGAUGACUUGCUGGGGUUGUCAAAGGAUGUCCCUGCAAUGUUUGAGCCUGAUGAAGGAUUUAUGUGGGAUGCUGUAAGGAGUAUGUACCCUGGCGGAGCUUGUGAUGCUGGUCAUUGGUCAUUCUGUGGUACUAGUUGAAUU